AUGAUCUUUUCUGGAGCUCUCGUGUUCACCGCGCUGUCACUUGCGCCGUUGGCGACAGCGCACCCAGGCGAGGUCUUCAACAAGCGUGCACAUAUGGAAGAACUCGCAGAUGCCCAUGCUGUUGCUGAAGUUAACGCAAGGGCACUCGAGGCGUGCCAGAAUAGACCGGAUGUGAUCGAGCGUCGAGAACGUGCUAUCGCUAGGCGCUCCGCGACUUUCGAGCGGCUUCGUCAGGAAAGGAACCUUGACGAUGCCACCUUCUUGCAUCGUCGAGAUGCGGCAUCACUUCGCAAGUGGGCGGCAAAUAAGCAUGACAAGAGUAGUCUCAAGUAUACGAAGGACACUCCGAUUUCCGAGAUUUUCGGAUCCAACACUAGUUGUAUCUUGACUCCAGACAACGCCAAUGGGCCCUACUUUGUCUAUCAAGAGAUGAUUCGUCAGAACGUGGUCGAGGAUAUUCAGGGUGUCCCCAUGCAUCUUGAACUGCAAUUUAUCGACGUGAACACCUGCAAACCAGCCAAUGUCUUGAUCGAUAUCUGGUCUUGCAACAACCAAGGAGUGUAUAGCGGCGUUAGUGCUGCUGGUGAAGGUGGUCUAGGGACCACAUACCUGCGUGGUGUUCAGCCAACCGACAAGGACGGAGUCGUCAACUUCGAGACUCUGUUCCCCGGACACUACCAAGGCCGCGCUACACAUCAGCACAUUAUCGCCCACGUUGGCUCCAAAAUCCUGGACAACGGGACCUACACGGGAGGUGUCGUCGCACACCUAAGCCAACUCUUCUUCGAUCAAACUUUGAUUGACACUAUCGAAGGCACUGCUCCGUACAACACAAACCGCAUCGCAAAGACAUCGAACAUGGUUGACGGAUUCACUGGUUACGCGGCCUCGCCAAAGUACGACCCGUUUCCCAACUAUGUCAUGCUUGGAAACGGACUUAGCAAUGGGUUGUUUGUAUGGGCAGAGAUGGGCAUCAAUACCAGCUCGAACUGGGAUUACUAUGCUCCAUUUGCUAGCACUUGGAAGGCAGGUGGCGGGUAUAACAAUCCCAAGUUCAACAUGAUGGUUGUCGCAAGUCCGCCACCGAGUCACGGCUAG